AUGGCGGACAGUACAAGUAUUGCAGGACCUUCACAGCCUAAGAAAAGGAAAGUAAGUAAAAAACUGACUGAUGCCGAAAUAUUAGAAUUACUAGAAAAGAGUGAUCUUUCUGAUUAUGACAGCGUAGACGAUGAAGAUUACGGUUGGGAUUCUACGAGCGAAUCGGAAGGAGAUAGUGAUGUCGCUGUGGAUAACUUAGAAAUGUCGGAUUUUGACACAGAAGAUCAACAAUUACCGGUAAUCCGACAGGUUGACUGGAAAACAGAUUCAAGUUGCAUGGUAAGUCAUACAUUUACAAAAUCUGAGUCCUUGCUAAUACAGCCAACUGAAAGUACUCCUAUCGGAUAUUUUCGCCUUUUCCUCACUGAAGUAUUUCUGGAAAAAAUAGUCGAAGAAACAAAUCGUUACGCAUUAGAAAUACAAAAUAGCGAUAAAACGAAAGAAAAGUCGCGAAUAACGCUUUGGAAAGAUUUAAAAGUGGAUGAAUUUUUAGUUUUUUCGGGAGCAUUCUUGCAAAUGGGGACAGUAAGAAUGAAUAGACUUCAGGACUACUGGAAGAAGGACCCAUUAUUUCAUAAUGCAGGCAGCAUUGCAAAUAGCAUUGGCCGAAAUCGGUUUUUAUUAAUUUUACAUGCAUUACAUUUUGCAAAAAAUAGUGAACCUGGAGAACCUCAACCUACAGACAGGUUAUAUAAAAUACGCCCUGUUAUCGAUUUUUUUAACGAAAGAAUGUGCGAGAUAUAUUAUCCUAAUAGAGAACUUUCUUUGGAUGAAUCUAUGGUUCUCUGGCGAGGUAAAUUAUUGUUUCGCCAAUACAUAAAGAAUAAAAGACAUAAGUACGGUAUAAAACUUUAUAUUUUGAGCACAUCAAGUGGAAUAGUGCAAAAGAUUGCCGUGUAUACUGGUUUAUUAGAUGACUAUGGAGGGCAAAACCAUACACAAAAAAUUGUUUUGCAUUUACUGAAUGAAAAAUUAAAUGUCGGUCACCAUGUUUUCAUGGACAAUUAUUAUAAUAGCUUUGACUUGGCCAAGUUACUGUUAGAUAUAAAGACACACUGCACAGGCACAUUGAGAACCACUCGAAAAAACACUCCAAAGAAUGUUCAAACUACUUAA